UUUGACGAGGAAGUGCUGUAGCUACCUUGCAUAAUAUUUGUAAUUUUUUUUCUGCAAGAGGAGGUCAGUUGUGGCAAUGAAGAUAACAUUGUUUUAUAUUUUUACAACGGUCUAUUACACUUUUGUUUUUGCAAAUAGAUGCAAAUUGGAUAUUACGUCGUUUAACAGCUCAUUCUUAACAGCAACCCCGAGAAAGGAGUUUUUUAGAGAAGAUGAGUCAGUGAAUAUUUCGUGUAUAGAGGGGUAUGCUUCAGAUCACGAAACCAAUAUCCGUCAUUGUGGAAAGGAUGGUUUAUGGAAUAGCCAAGACCUUCCUGUUUGUAAAAGAAUAGUUUGCAUAAUAGAUGUAUUUAUGAAACCUCACAUGAAAGUAACAGCAUACAAGGGUCAAUAUUUCCUGCACGAAACGCCUAAUGUUAGUUGUACAGAGGGGUAUUAUUUACGAGGAGGAGCCCCUACAUGUGAAAAACGGGGAUGGGCUUUUCCAGGGAUGAUGUUCCAUUGCGAAGCGUCUUAUCAUUGUAAAUUGCCAAAAGAUCCCCAUGCGAUACCACAUCUUCUCAAAGCAUACAAUUAUUGGGACGGAGUUUCUCUGGAAUACGGAGACAGUGUGUACUUAGAGUGCCAACAAGGAUACAGACAUAAAAGUUUCUCCAAAGUCUCUUGUGGUCUAGGUGGCAAUUUAGAACAAAACUUAACUCAAGUUAUAUGUGAAGAAAUAACUUGUGAUGUGGAGUCGAUUGUUGAACCUCACAUGGUAUUACCAGAUAAAAGUAUUUUUCAUCUGAAUGAAACUGCGAAUAUCAAUUGUGAUGUGGGAUAUUUACUUCAUGGAUUAAAUCCAACGUGUGGAGAGAAAGGAUGGUUCUUUUCAGGAAUGAAUAUGUCUUGUGAUGCAAUAACUUGUAUUGUCCCAAAUAUUACCCAUUCAACUGCCCAUCUUCAUAAAGCAUUUGACAACAAUGCUUUGGAACUUUUUGAAUAUCAGGAUACAGUACGCUAUGAAUGCGACAAAGGAUACAGUAUCAAAGAUCUGUCAGAAGUCACAUGUGGCCCAGAUGGAAACUUGCAACAAAAUAUAAAUGAAGUUCGUUGUGAAGUUAUUAGAUGCCAAAAACCAUAUCUUGGUAAAAACUUAAACAUAACAGACUACAAGGAAGACUACUCUUAUGAAGAGGAAAUAUACUUUCGGUGUGAGGGUGGUUUCCGCCUUCGUGGAAUAGCCACUGCCAUGUGUGGCGAUGGCAAUAGGUUUAAUAUUACAGAGAUUCCGAUUUGUGAAGAUGAUGCCAUGUCCAAUCAUUUAAUUGUCUCCACCCUUACACUUGGAGCAUCUGUAGGAGGUGGAAUUGCCUUAAUGCUCAUCUUAUUUGGAUUGUUUGUGUGCAUUAGAAAGAAGUAUCGUGGAACUAAAUACGAGAAGACAAAGAUUAAUACAAUGGAGCAGCAUCUUUACACGGACAUUAUUCAUAACAGACAGACAGUUAUGCAGGAUAGGGAGCCAACUUACAACUACAUUAAUG